AUGGGAGAAGGACCGUUGGACCUGGUCGCCCAGCUGCAGGUUGAGGCGUUUGACCAAUACGAACAGUUGGGCAGCAUGGCAGCGCGGCUGGUGGCGUUGUGCGGAAUGGAGGCGCUAGCAGUGGCGGCGGGGUUCUCGCUCAAGGUCCUUUGGCUCACAGACGCGCCCGUGCACGCCGCUCCCUUCUCCUCGCUCUUCUCCCUCCCCGCCCACCCCAAGAUCUCCAAACCGGACCUUCGGUGGGCAGUGGAGGACGUGUCGCCUGAGUGUGUGGCAGGGCCGCUGCUGCGGUCCCCACCACAUGGCUUCAAGUACAAAGCAGCGUCAGUGGGGGACUUCGAUUGCCCAAUCUUACCCUUCCCCUUACGCGCCCAUCACGUGCGGGACCCGUGUUGGAUGGCGGACGAGCUGGCAGCGUGUCUGCACUUACUGCAUCCCUCACCAGCCGUGGCGCGCCUGCUUGCAGAUGAGGAUAUUCCACGCGUGCAGCGCUCCACUGCUGCUUUCCUUGAGCACACCAGGACACCCCUCUGGACUCCUGCGCCGGCUGUCCCGCCAACAUCUCCCAGAUCAUCCCGCCCUUCUCCCACCCUCCCACUCUCCUCCUCCCGCCCGGAGCCGUCCUACCUUCUCCAUCUGCCCUCCCUUCCCAUCUUGCGUGCCAACCUCCCUUCCUUCCAUGACCCCUACCCUCCUUGUCCCCCCUUCCUACCAUGUUUCUCAUCCCUGGAGCCUUCCUUCCUCCCGUCACCCCCUCCCUUAGUUCCAGCUACAAGCAGGACUAAGCUAGUCCCCGGCGAGCCUGGCGGCAUGCAGCAGAUGCACGGCCAGACGCACGAAGGCGACGCCGCCGCAUGA